AUGAAUGACGUUAGUGAUUUAUCUGCAUCUCAACCUAUUAUUACUCCUGUCAAGGGUAUGAACAAGAGGGACGCUUCGAGUCCCAAUGAAAAUAAAGCUCCUGGUAUAACAAUGCAAGACGACGCCAACACUUCUGCUUGUCCAGCGAAAAAACCGAGACUCGUUGAAGGAAGAAUUGCUGUGUCCGGACGCGUAGCCUCUGUCAGACUUAUCAAUUUUAUGUGUCAUGCAAAUCUCGAGAUCGAUUUCAACACGAAAGAAAACAAUUGUUUCUAUAUCGGUGGCCCCAAUGGAAGUGGUAAAAGUGCUUUGUUCGCUGCAAUUAACUUAGGUCUCGGAGGACGGGGAUCCGAUAACGACAGAGGAAACACAGUUAAAUCUUAUAUCAAAGAUGGAACAACACAAGCGAAAAUUACCAUCACUUUGACAAAUGAAGGAUUGAACUCUCAUCCGGAUUUGGAUUCAUUAGUUUCUGUUGAACGAACCAUCAAUCAAUCAUCUUCAACCUAUGUAAUGAAGAGUAUCAAAGUUUCCCCAUCGGGCCAUCACACGGAAAGAGUUAUCAGUAAGAAGAAAAGUGACAUCGAUCGAAUUGUCAAUCGUUUCAACAUUCAUCUCUCCAAUCCAGCUUUCUGGAUGAGUCAAGAUAGAUCUAGAAGUUUUUUGGCUAAUUUUAAACCUUCCAAUGUCUACAAACUAUAUCUCGAAUCUACCAAUCUCGAGAACAUUUUUCAAUCGUACUGUCGAUUUUCUGAAGCUGUGGAAGAAUGUGCUGAACUAGUGGAGAAUAAACAACGCGAAAUAGCGAAAGAGCAUAAGAAGUUGAAAGAAAUGCAAGAGCAAAGAGCAUUGCAACAGAGGAUUGAUUCUGAUAUGGCUCUCAUUAAAGUAUAUAAGUGGAAGCUUAUAUUCUGCAAAGUUCGUGACUAUGAUGAUGACUUGGAACACAACUUGAAACUUCAAGAAGUCCACAAGCGAGUGUAUGAAGAAUGUAAAAAAGAGUACGCCGAAAAUCGCACCACCAGAGAAGCAGUUCAAAAAAACAUUCAAAAUGUCUGCGAUGAAGUUGAAGUUCAAAAGGAUGAGCUAGAUGAGGCAAAUGAGCGUAAAAACGAGAAGAGCAAAGCAGUAAUGAUGUUGAACGAAAAGAUCAAUAAUUUCGAACGUCAGAUCACAAGAAAAAAAGGCGAUAUCAGAGCGGUAAAUCAAGCGAUUGAGGACGCGGACAAACGAUACAGAACUCUCAUGGCAAAGCAAGGAAACAAAAAGUUAGCUGAAAAACUAAAGACCGUCGAGAGCGAUUAUCAUCGGCUUACUGAAGAGAGAGAUAAUAUGGAAAUGGGUGGAGAGAUGGAUCGACUAAAAGACAAAUUUGAGCUCAUUCAGAAGGACAUGAAGAUGAAAGAAGAAGCAAACUACACGACAAAAAGAAGCAUCAGAAAACUUCACGAUCAAAUCAAUGAACGACAGGAUAUAAUACGUCGCGCAAGAGCUGCGAAGUCGGAUUCAGUCAAUAAAUUUGGAAACCGGAUGUCAGAAAUACUAACUGAAGUCAACAGGAAUAAAUCUACGUUCGCUAAGAUGCCAAAAGGUCCUUUAGGAAAGUUCAUCACUCUAACCGAUUCGAAAUGGGCUUUUGCCGUGGAAGAGUGCUUGCAUAAUGUAUCCAACAGCUUUUUGUGCCAUUCACAAAAAGAUGCUGUUGCUCUCCGUGAAAUUUUCAACCGAUUGCGUCUUCAUCUCAACGAUCGGCCUGCUAUCAUUGUGUCCGCGUUCACUAAUCAACGUUAUCCAAAACUUCAGGAACCAGAUUGUGAAUAUCCUUCCAUGUUCAGAAUAUUGCAAAUUUCUGACGCCGACGUCGAAAACAUUCUCAUCGACAAAACCAACUUUGAACAGUUCAUUCUGAUAGAACAGAAGACUGAAGCGAUGAAGAUCAUGGGAAGUAAUAAUCCACCUCACAAUGCUUCCAGAGCUUUCACUCUUGAUGGUUCUCAAGCUUAUGCUAAUGGUCCUAAUAGUCAAUACCGUUUCUAUGCUGGAAGACCAGGACGCGCGAGUGGAUUGUUUGGAAGCACACAAACUAAUGUCGAUGAAGCAACUCUUACUCGAGAGAUUAAUGAUAUGAAAGCAGAAGUUUCCGACCUUGAAUCUAAAACGAGUGUCCUCGAAACAGAGUACACAGAACUCAAAAAAGAUAGUUAUGUUGCAAAGAAGGCCAUUGAAGACUUUGAGAGAAAAUUGUCGAAUAUUCGUUCUGAAGAAAGAAAACAUCAGCGUCUCUUCGAGGAUAUAAAGUCGGAAAUGGCACAAGCAACUAAUGAAGAUCAGUUGGAAAGCAUCGCUGAUUCUAUCACCGAGCUGAAAAAUAAGAUUCCAGUUGUCGAGCAAGAACUCCAAGGAAUUCAAAAACAAUUGGAUGAAGCGAAUCGUCAAAUGAGGCCAGCUAUGGCCGAGAAAAAAGAAGCUGAGGAUGUGUUAGAUGAAAUGAAACAAGAAACCCAAGAUAUACUCCAAAGAAUGCAAAAACUUCAUGCCGACUUAGCUUCAUUUGACGAUAGUGGUGAUUUACUUCAAGUUCGUCUUAAUAAGAUGAAAGGCGAGGAACAAACUAUUUUCCAUAACGAAGCUAAACUCAAAACGGAAAAAGAUGAAGCUCAACAGCUCCUGGAGCAAAAUAAGCUAACCACGGAAAUGCCGCCGACUGAGCAAGACCCACCUGACCUCUCGGACUUCCCAAUUACUUCGAAGGCUGAGGCGAAAUUGGCGGAACUUCAAAGAACCACGAAAUUGGCCUCCUUAGGAUGUGAUAAAUCAAUCACUAAUGACACUGUGAAAGAGUUUAAGGAUAAAUUGAAAUCAAACAAGUUUUUCUGUCGUAACUUAGAAGAGAGUGUAGCCAGUAUGAGGGAAUUGAGUGAAGCUCGUUUCAAAACCUAUCCGCUUCUGAAAAAAUGGACAGAUGUAAAAGUUUGUGAUAAGUUUCAAGAGCUUCUUGAAAUUCGCGGACAUUUUAUUGGUGGUCUCGAGUUCGAUCAUGAGAAAAGAACACUCAAUGUUAAUGUUCAAUCUUGCAAAGACAAGGAUGCGAUGGCAGACAGAAGAAAUGCGGAAGGAGACAAUAUUGACGAUGAAGAGGAAGAAGAAGAAGAGAACAGUGGCGACAGUGAUGACAGUAGUGAUGCUCCUCGCAAGAAGAAAGCCAAGAAGCAACCGAAAAAGAAGAAGGUUCGCGAUCUGAAAGGAUUAUCCGGAGGAGAACGUUCAUUUGUCACAGCUGCACUUGUAAUGUCUCUAUGGGAAGUGAUGGAGCAACCUUUCCGUAUGCUCGACGAAUUUGAUGUUUUCAUGGAUAUGAUGAACAGAAAGCUCGUAAUGGAUCUUCUUGUUGAGCUUGCAACACAGAAGUUCCCACACAAUCAAUUCAUUUUCUUCACUCCGCAAGGAAUUAAAGAACUGAAAAUGGUGAAUGGUCUACAGGUUUUCGAAAUGAACAAAGUUCGUGACUAA